AUGGCCUUGGCGGCAGCAACCGAAGCACUGUACGGCUGGGAAACUUGCGAUGGAGGGCUUACGUACAAUAGACCUUUGACCAAUCUAGAACGCAUGUUUGUGAUUCUGAAUAACUUAUUCUACGGUCAAAACUGCCCCUACAUCGGUGCUCAGGUGUCAAUUCAGGGUCUAUUGGACACAAGUAGAUUAUGUCUUUCGGAUAUCGAUCUCGAAGAAAGAGCCAAAUUGGCAUUUCAGGGGACUCGCUGGACUUAUCCCACCGUGGCUUGUCGAAUUAUUGAUGAUAAUCAGAUGACCUACAGCUGUGGCUCGGCGGAUGAUGUAGAGGCCUGGGCUGAGAGAACAGUGCAUUUGGUCAAGGACCACGACAACUGGGUCUCGUUGCGCGAGAAACUGACCCAAGAGGCUUCUUUACCUUCUGAAGAUGGCGACUGCUGUUUUGUCUAUAUUGUCCCUACACGCAAAGGCGCAAGCCAGAACGUCGUUGCUUUCGAUGUGCUCAUUCAUAUUCACCAUGCACUGGUUGAUGGGUCUGGCUUGCGUAGCAUCCUCGAUUCGUUUUUAGCGCUUAUGGCUGGAGGCUCAACUAUAGAAUCGAUCUACUGGGGCCAAGAAAAUGAUCGGCUUCUACCCGCAGCUAUUGAUAUCUCUACGGAAGUAGAAAUGGUAUCCCUGAAAUCGAGACCGGACAUUGGUCUUCCCCUGUACCGACCUGAUAUUCUUACUGCGAUGAAGGAGAACCAAGGCUCUUCUUUCUUGACGCAUACUUUCGACAGCGACAGCUUUCUUCCCGAUCUUCUUGAUAGAUGCCGAAAGCACUAUGUCAAGCUGACAGCGCUUUUGCAGGCCGCGUUAUUUAAGGCUGUCUAUGAUUUUGCCGAAUCACCACCGACAUACACCGAAAAGUAUACAAGCCUCGCAGCCAUCGACCUUCGCAAUAAUGGCCGAAUGAAACAACCAUUUGGCGAUAGAAAUCGAUACCCAUUCAAUGCUAUUGUUAGUGAAGUUAUAGACAUUCCUUGCCGCCUGUUUAGCAGUAACAUGGAUACCAGUCAGUUCUGGAAGGUUGCUGCCCACAUAAAUACUCAAUAUACUGCAGUUUCAAAGUCAAAGGGUUUGGCACUAAUAUCGGAUGAGAUAAUUGGCCGAGUACUGGAGGAAAUUGGCAAAUUAAGGUGUGUAGUUUAG